GUUCAUUUGAUGCGAGAUUUUUGCUACAAUACAUAAACCUUUAUUUGAAACAUUAUUCCUUUUUAUAUUAUCUAUACAUAAUAACUGUUAUCAAUCUUCUUUACCCUUUUAUUAUUAUUAACAGAAAUGUCUUUAAAACUAGAUUUAAACGCAUUUUUGAAUUCAAUUGGAUUAGAACAAUAUUAUGAAGCCUUCAUUAAAGCAGGGGCUACUAAUCAAGCUUUGUCACAGCUCAUUCAAUUCAACGAUGAAGAACUUAAUGAACUUUUAUCAGCUAUAGAUAUGUUACCUUUUCAUGUUAUUCAAUUAAAAAGAGCUAUUAAAGAAUACAAAAAAGGAACGGAUAAUACGCCAGAUAGAUCACUCUUCUCCUCCUUUUUAACUUACGAAUUUAUUCAAUCUAAUUCCAUUAUUUAUGGUAAAAACAAAAAUCGUCGUCCCUUAACUGCCUAUGAAGAAGCUAUCAAUCAUGCCUCCCUUCAAAUCGCUCUCGAAAACCCACUUAUACUGAUAUCCAAGAAACGAGGUGACCUAUUUGAUUUAGCGAAAAAAAAGUUACUCGAUGAAGGCUAUCGAUAUAAACGAGGUUCGAGUCGAUCCAAACUUUAUAGUGCCAACUCUAAAUCAUCAUCGUCUUUUGACAAUAAUAGGACAACAUCAACACAACAUCAUUUAGUAGCCAUUCGUAAAAAGAGAGAGGAAAACGCACAACGUGCAUCAGAUCAACGAUGUGCUAAAAUACGAGAUUUACAAUAUCAUCUAGAUACACUAAUUCAAUCAAGGAAUAAUAUUUAUAAAGACCAAAAGAAAGCAAUGUCAUCAGAUCAUGAUCGACUCUCUCAAUUAGCACUAGAAGCUGAAUUAGUUGAAUUUGAAGAGACAAAGAAACGACUGACAAAGGAAAUAAGUAAAUUAAAGGCACAAGAAAGAAAACAUCAAUGGUAUAAACGACGAAAGUUAGAAAAACAAGAGAAUGAAGAACAAUCGAUGCUUUCAUCACAAUCUUCAUGUUCAUCAUUAGAUACCUUGACUGAUCAACAACCCAAUCAUCCCUUUUCUACUACUACUACUACUACUGAUAAACAUCAUGAUACACCUUCCUUGUUUGCUUUAAAAGAUACUGAUGAUUCAAUUACUUUACCCCCACUAUUUAAUAAUAACACUGUCUUCAAUUGCCCAAAAGAAAGUGAUAUUCGUUCACUUUCAUUCAAUUAAAACCUUUAUCCAUACAAAAUAAAAGAUAUAUACAUGUAUAUUAUAAUAGAUAAGCAAUCUCUCUCUCUCUCUCUCUUUU